UCACCAAAAGGUCAGCAGUUUGAAGCCACCAGCUGUUCCUUGGAAACCCUAUGAGGCAGUUCUGCUCUGUCCUGUAGGGUUGCUAGGAGUCACAAUCCCCUCGAUGGCAUCAGGUUUGGUUUUGGUAGCUAAAUGAGUUGUACUUCUCGUGGAUGUGUAUGGGACAGAGGGAAAUAUAAAUUCAUAUGCACUCUCCUAGGUUAGAUGGCCUUCAUCAUCCUUGUUAUUUAAUCCUGGCAGAUGAGGUUUUCCUCUCUUUUAUAAAAAUGGAUCUAUUUAAUGAUUAUAGUAAUAAUAACAAUAAUAGAGAUCCAUAGAUGUAUUCUUAAUCAUUGGACUACAUCAGUUUGUUCAUCACUGUAUCUUUGGCAUCUCCUAUCAACCAAAACCAAACCCAUUGCCAUAGAGCCAGUUCUGACUCAUGGUGACCUGGCAGUAAUAGACACUCAGAUAUUUGUGGCAUGGACAGUGUUGGUUAUUGUUAAUUGUAGUAUAACACCUUCAUUUAUUAUGUGCUAAUGGUUUAAUUGGAUUUGUUUCUUAAAUUGCACAAGAAGCAAAGUUACCUUUGUAACUUUAAGACUCUAUUAAAACCUCUCAGACAUGUUCUCUCAAAGCUUUAGACUGAAUGGCUUUUCUGAGAUAUUUUUCUUUCUGGAAUGGAAAUAGAUUUUAGACAUAGCUGUAGUAAUUUUAAACUGUUCCAUAGGAUUCCUGCUGAUUGCCAUUUUCUGAGGCUAAUACAACACAAUCUCAUAGGUUGCUGAGGGUAGCAUGAAGAAAAGAGUUAGGAGGUUUAAUAAUUAGUAUAAAUUUUAAUAUCUAAAAUUUUCUGGAAUAAUUUGGUAGUGGGGAGAAGUAUCCAGUGACUAAUCUUCUAAAGAGAAACAUAAUUUAUCUUCGUUAAAAGCGAAUGUGUAGGUGAGCAUUAAAACUGCACAAAAGGAAACAUAAAUUAUUCUGUUUCUUUAUUUCAGGACUGAAAACGGAGUGAAAUUACUUUUCAGAGUUAAAAGACUAUUAAGAAGUCAAGAUGGGGACUCCUGGUUCUGGAAGGAAAAGAACACCUAUGAAAGACCGAUUUUCUGCAGAAGACGAAGCGCUGAGUCACAUUGCCAGAGAGGCAGAGGCAAGGCUAGCAGCAAAACGGGCCGCCCGGGCAGAAGCAAGAGAUAUACGCAUGAGAGAACUGGAACGACAACAGAAAGAGGAAGAUUCGGAAAAGGCCAGGUAUUCCCACCGGUCCAGUCAUCAUCGUCCUUAUCUGGGAGUUGAGGAUGCAAUGUCUGUUCGAAGUCUUGGCAGUCACAGGAGUCAUUCCUAUAGUCACUCCUACGGAAUGAAGAGGAGGCCUUCCGGUUCUCAUAAAGAUCCCCUGAGCGGCCUCUACUUUGACCAGAGAAACUACAGCACUCUUAGGCAUAGCAAACCCACCUCUGCCUCCUACACCCGGCAGUGCUCUUCACUGUACAGCGACCUGCUGGCAACAUCUAAGAGGCGCAGGGCAUCAUUGUACGAUGGUGGAUUAUAUAACCCUUAUGGUUCUCGAACUCCAUCUGAAUACAGUUACUACUCAUCAAGAACAAGCUCAGCCCGAAGCAGUCCCAUGGUGGUGAGCUGUCUGUCUUCUUCGCAUGCUUUGGGGAGCGUUGUCUCUGAGGUGGAUGACGUCAGCAUCCCAGAUUUGACCAGUCCUUCGUCUCGAAAUUCUGCCUCAGCAACGACCCCGUUAAGUGGGAACUCAUCCAGACGAGGAAGCGGGGACACCAGCAGCUUAAUAGAUCCAGACACCUCAUUAAGUGAAUUGCGGGAUAUCUAUGACCUGAAGGACCAGAUUCAGGAUGUAGAAGGGAGAUACAUGCAGGGGCUUAAAGAGCUAAAGGAAUCUCUGUCUGAAGUGGAAGAAAAGUACAAGAAAGCCAUGGUAUCCAACGCACAGUUAGACAAUGAGAAGAACAAUUUGAUCUACCAGGUAGACACCCUCAAGGAUGUCAUUGAAGAACAGGAAGAACAGAUGGCAGAAUUCUAUAGAGAAAAUGAAGAAAAAUCAAAGGAGUUGGAAAGGCAGAAACAUAUGUGCAGUGUGCUGCAGCAUAAGAUGGAUGAACUUAAAGAAGGCCUUCGGCAAAGAGAUGAGCUUAUUGAGGAGAAUCAGCGCAUGCAGCAGAAAAUAGACACCGUGACAAAAGAGGUGUUUGAGCUCCAAGAGACACUUCUUUGGAAAGAUAAAAAAAUUGGGGCGCUAGAGAAACAGAAAGAAUACAUUGCUUGCCUCAGGAAUGAGCGCGAUACACUCCGAGAGGAGUUGGCUGACCUGAAGGAGACAGUGAAGACAGGAGAGAAACACGGCUUAGUUAUAAUCCCCAACGGCACUCCCAACGGAGAUGUCAGUCAGGAACCAGUGGUGGGAGCCAUCACCGUCGUGUCUCAGGAAGCCGCCCAGGUCUUGGAGUCAGCAGGAGAGGGGCCACUAGAUGUAAGGCUACGAAAACUUGCUGGAGAAAAGGAAGAACUGCUGUCACAGAUCAGAAAACUGAAGCUGCAGCUGGAGGAGGAGCGGCAGAAAGGCCCCAGGAGUGACAGCGCCGCGGGCGACCUGGCGGGACUACAGAACGGCACAGACUUGCAGCUUAUUGAAAUGCAGAGAGAUGCCAAUAGACAAAUUAGCGAAUACAAAUUUAAGCUUUCAAAAGCUGAACAGGAUAUAACCACCUUGGAGCAAAGUAUCGGCCGGCUCGAGGGACAGGUGCUGCGGUACAGAACUGCCGCUGAGAACGCCGAGAAGGUUGAAGAUGAGCUGAAAGCAGAAAAGAGGAAGCUACAAAGAGAGUUACGAACCGCGCUGGACAGGGUCGAGGAGAUGGAGCUGACCAACAGCCACCUGGCCAAGCGGCUAGAGAAGAUGAAGGCCAAUCGGACGGCCCUUCUGGCCCAGCAGUAGGGAGGCUCCAGACGGCCCGCCUGUCCACUGACACCAACAGACCCUUUCAGUACUGCUGGAGUUCAGCCAUCAACAUAGCCACCUUUGUAUUUUAUAAUUUAUGAGAGAAUGAAACAGGUUGAAAUCUUCGUGAAUGAACACUUUGGAUUUUUCAUUUGUAGUUUGAUUCUAGACUAAGAACUGGUCCGUGCUGUUUUUAUUUUUUAUUUCUGUAAUUUUAGAAUCACGUUUACUCACCGUUUC